AUGAGUUAUACAAUUUUAAAUCGAAAUGCACGUAAAUAUGAUGAUCGUACAUUAUCCGAUCUGUUACGUACUGGCUUGCUUGAUGCGGCUGACGUUGAAAUCGAUAUUGAAAAAUGUAUUGAACCAUUACUAAGUGAAUGGCUCACGAACUAUGAUUACGAUACAUCAGCACAACCGAUAGGCAUUUUUUUUACAUUGCUUACCGUACUAGCACACGUUACACACAACGUUACUAUUUUACAGUGGAAUAAAAUACGAAAACAUUUAAAUCUUUAUUCAUUCAUCUUAGGAAUAAGCGGCGCGUGUAAAUCAGGAUUUAUACGACCGGUUCGAGCUGCUUAUACAGCUCUGAUAGAUUUUCUACGACAAUAUCAUCUUGGUGACCCAGAUUCGUACAAUAGCCUAGUCGAUACAUUUACUACUGCUGGUCUUUAUGAUCAACUUGUUCAAUCUACUAAUGUCUUAGUAUUACAAGAAGAAAUUGAUACAACAUUGCACAAUAUGGGCUUUUAUGUCACGAGUGGAAAUGAUGGCCGACAACUUCUAUGUUCUUUAUGGGAAGGUCUGGAUGAUAAUAAAAAAACUAAAAGCUAUCGACAAAAUGUACGUCAAUCACAUUUAACACUAUGUGGAGCUUCAACUGGAAAAUCGUUUAUACCAUUAAUUCGUGAAUGUCUUGACAAUCUUCCAACUGAUGGUGUAAUUGACCGAUGUUUAAUACUUGUCGUACCAUAUUCAAGAUUUACACGUGAUUUAUUGAAGCCACGAGAUCUUAGAAAACCAACAAUUUCUCAAAUAUUAUUGUGCGCAUCACUUUUAGGACAAAGACAGCUUAUUUUUGAUGACGAUGCUUAUAAUGCUAUAAAUACUUAUACAGAUGAUCUUACACAUCGAGCAGCUAUUUCUUAUCGUACUAGUCCACGAUUUACAUCUUAUCUGGCUAAACAACCUCCACAAGUAAUUAAAUUAUGUGGUUUAAUGACAGUAGUACAUGUUAUCGUUAAUAUUUUGUCACGUUUAAAUCUACAUCUAUUCGAUGAAUCAGAUCAUGGAUUAUCGUUAGCAUUUUAUAAUGAAGUACAAAUAAUGAUACAACAGCGAGUACCUUAUGCUAUAAUAGUAACACGAAAUAUUGUUGAUCGAGCUAUAUAUCUACAUGGAUUUUUGUACGAACAAUCUGAACGUUUACUUCAUCUCAAUACUCAUCAAAGUAAUAAUGUACCACAAAUAAAAUUAACUGGAAGCCAACUUCAAAAACAUCUUAUGCGAGAAAUUUUAAUGAUGCGCAAUCUUAUUGUUAUGACAAACGCAAUUUUUUCAAUUCCUGGAAUAAGUCAUGUUCAUCGAUCUCUUGUUAAAAAUGCAUUACAACAAUUAGUAGCUGAACGUCUUCUCUUGGCUGAUUAUUUUGUAUUAACAAGUACUAAUCGUCCAAUAUUUUGCUACAUUAAAACUGUACCAAAAGUAAAUGAUGUUGCUGAUAGAGAAAUGAUGAUUCAAAAACUUCAACAAUAUGAUAUAGCACUUGAAGAAUUUGUUAUAUUAAACAGUACUUAUACUUUAGCAAAAGGCAAUCGACUUCAUCAACAAGCACUUGAAAUUUUAUCAACACCAUCCUAUGUUGCUAUCUGUGGUGGACCAUAUGAACAACAAUUAGAUUUGGCUGAAUCAUUACCCGUUCGAAAUUUACAACGAAAUGUUUCUUAUUCAUCUAACAUGACAACAGAACCUCAUGUACAACAACGUCAACCUGCUUCAUUUUUAUUCAACAGACAACAUUCACAACGGAUAUCAACUACUAAUAACCGACCAAAACGUUCGUUUUCACCUCACAUUAUUGAAUCAAAUGAAUCUGUUCACAAUUCUCAAACUACAAACGAGGUAUCUCAUCGUAACAGUCAAGAACACAGAUUAGCACAUACACGUUCAACUACACCAACAUCGUCUCAAGAAACAAUUGAACCAAGGUCGCCAACUAUACAUAAUACGGCUGAUGCUGUUAUUAAUCAAAAUCGAGUACAAAACCACAUAACUGCAUCAGAUAAUUUACUAUCAUCAACAUCUCAUAAUCGGAAAUUUUUCAAAACUACCGUGCGAAGAACAUUAUCUAUACCAACUCAUUCAUCUUAUGAUGCAACACGAAAUACACGAAAAAAUUCACGACUUGCUCUUGAAAAUCAAUUACGACAAGAAUCUGUUGAAAAUAUACAAAAUCUACCGAUAAAUGCAUCAGACAAUUCAUCUACACCACAAAUACAACGUUUAAUUGAUGAAUAUUUUCCUCAUGAACCAAGUCCAUAUGAAGAAAUCAAUAAUCUCAAUGAAAAUACAACAAAUUUUCAAAUACGAUGUAAAACAAUUCACAAAUCUCCAAUUCGAUAUUUUGGUACAUCUAGUAAAGUAUUUGACGCCAUUGUUUGUGAUUUUACUGGCGAAAUAAAAGCAGUCGCAUUCAAUGAAGAUGUUGAUCGUCUCUAUAACAGCAUGACUGUGAAUCAAACAAUCAUAAUACAAAGUGAUAAAAUUCAGAAAACAAAUGAAAAUUAUCGUACACCUUAUUCUGUAUAUGAAAUUCGUUUAACAUCAGCUAGUCUUAUUGAACCAUAUGUAAAUCAUAAUUUUAAACCAAACAUGAGAAUUACAAAACAGCAAUUAUUUGAAAUACCACAAAAAAUCCAUGGAUCAUCUGUUGGUACGUUUUUAAGAUUUUCAACAAAUGUAUUAAAUUCAUUCUACACGUCGACUAUAUCAGCUCUCUAA